AUGGAUAUAGACGUUAGUAAAGAAAAUAUACAACCAUUGCGAGGAGGUAGAAAUCUUUUACAGCUAGGAACUGCAUUGCAAGCCCAAUCGGAUGUCGACGCUCAAAGACAGCUUCAGUUGCAAAAAGAGGAACAUGAAGCAGCUAUCAGGCAAUAUCAGGGCAUGGACCCCUUGGAACCAUGGUUUAACUAUAUCCAGUGGGUUGAACAGUCAUACCCCAAGCAUGGACAUGAAGGGCAUAUAGACAAAUUAAUAAAAGAUUGUUUGCAAUUAUUUGAGAAGGAUGAACGAUACUAUCAAGAUAGAAGACUUGUAAAGCUGUGGAUAAAAUAUGUGGACUCUUUAUCAAAUCCCUUGGAGAUAUACCAGAGGCUAUACAAUAUGGGCAUUGGUGUGGAAUGCUCAGAAUUUUACCGAGCUUGGGCAUGCUACUGUGAAGAAUCUGGUGAUUACAAGAAGGCUAACCAAGUAUAUAUGUUGGGCCUUCAAGCAAAAGCUCAGCCGUUGGAUGAACUGGAACAGGCACACAUGAAUUUCCAGUUAUUUUUUGCCCAAAGAAUGUUGCAUGAUGAUUCUCCAACAAAAAGGAAGGCAGCAUCUGCUCUGGCUGAAACAAGAAUGGCACUUACAUCACUGAAGUCAUUUAAAAGGCGCAAUAUUGCUAGUGUGCCAGUUCAAAGAGUAGGAGAGAGCAUAAGAAGUUUUGUGCCAGGGGUAGUAAGGCAACAGCCUGGAAGUUCAGAUAGUAGGAUGCCUAAUUCAAACAUCAUGGUUAAUGUGUAUGAGGAUACUCCUUCUACAUCGCGCGUUGCGAUUCCGGUUGCGGAAGAUCCUGGGCCAGCUUCUUUAGUUCAAGCUUGUAGUAACGUCGAGAAUGAAAAAGAAAUUGGGAUGUGGACAAAUCCUAAGACAAAAAUGGUUCACACUAAUGUUGUACCACAUCAACCAUUACCAUUUACACCUUAUGAAGAUGAGGAUGAUGUCUUGAGGCUACCACCAAACCACUCCCCAUAUUGUAUGGAUGACUUGACAUUUAAUGUGCCUCUAUGUGUACCUGACCCCACAGAUCCGACAAAAAUUCCUUGUUAUAAUAAAGCAGAGGUUUAUGUAAGUGAUAUAGAAUACAGUUUAGAAGAAAUAAGAUCAAGGAAAUAUAACCUGGAAAAGAAACCUAAGACUGCAAGUGUAGAAAAUGUUGAUAUGCAACAGAGAUACAAUGUAAAUGAGGCUCUGGCACAAUGUAGUGCCUUAGAAACUCUAGCUAACUGCGCUUUAGACACAGAACAAGAUCAUUUAGGGCAGCUUAUGCCUUUAUCAAUACCUUCUCUACAAAAUAUCACCAAAGUGACAAAUAUGCAUUCGCCUGGUGAACCUAGAGUCUUAGUUAAUUUGGAUUCCAAAGAAUUGAGUGAGCAUGAUGUUAAGAGAAAUGAUGAUAACCAAAAGUCGUCUUCCUCUUCAUCUGACAAAGAAAAUCAAGUGGAGAAAAUGAACACUUCCUGUAACAAUUUCACUCCAGAUAAUGCGUGUGAAAAUUAUCCUAAAAACAACUUGAUGGAAGAGUUCAAUAAAAGUUUAAUGGGCAACCUACUUGGUGACUCUGUAACAGUUAAUACAAAGGAGGCGCGGUGGGAACUCAGAAACAUAUUCAAUGAUAAUGAGGCGUCUAUAGUGCAACCAGUGGUUCAACAGUUUGAUGUGCCAAAGUUUGAUAUCCAUGAAGAUAGGUCAAUCACUAUGGCUAUUAAUACCAAAAAGAAUUUUGAAAUUGCUGAUGUAAGAAACAUGCCAGAAGACAAGGAAAACGCUAUCCAAUUUAAUCCUCCUCCUACAGUAAAUGCCCCUCAACAGGUAAACAAAACUGCUUAUUAUGAAGAGCCUUCUUGCACACAAGUGUUUAAUUUUAAUAUAAAGGAUGCGAGCACACCAAAUAUGUUACAGUUCAAAAAGCCAUCCGGCUGUAUUGACCAGUCAAAUAAAUACCCUUCAGUGCCAAAAUUUAUUAUGGAUGAAAGUGUUAUUGAACAUUCAGAUCAUGCCACUGGAAAAAGGGAUGAGUACUCACAACAACAUGCAACUGACCAACAUACAACUGACCAACAUACGACUGACCAACAUACAACUGACCAACAUACAACUGACCAACAUACGACUGACCAACAUACAACUGACCAACAUGCUACUGUUGAAAAUCAAGGCGCUGGAUUAUCUGUUAUAAUGGAGGCAACUAGAGAAUAUAAUAGUAAAUCAGGGUCAAGUUCAUCGGGUCAAUCGAUAAGAACAAACUUCACAGGGUAUACUACUAAUUACGAUUCUAUGUACAAUAAUCACAACGAUCCAUCACAGCAGGGUACUGCUACCAAGAGAAAUUCUGUAUCCACGCAACCCAGACUACCUAAUGGACAGUUUUCACGGAUUUAUCCACAGAAGCGGGAAUCUCAAGAAAAUAAACCAGUGCCUCCGUCUACAUCAGUGCCUUAUCAAUCCCAUGACCAUCAGUAUCAAAAAUCGGGUCCUUCUACUUACAAUGGAUUUACGCAACAAAGAUCAAUGCAUAAUCAAUACCAACAAGGCUUCAGCUACAACCAACAGACAUAUGCAAACAACCAAAUUAUGACACAACAGGAGCAGAACUAUCAAACUCCUAACUCAAAUGCCUAUCACAGUCCACAACACCCUGGUAUGCAGAGUCCUCAUGAAGUUAAUGCACCUGUUCCAGCAGGUUUCCAAAGUCCCACCUAUUCAAAUCAAAAGGGAUACCAUAGCCCAGGACAUGUCAUGAUGAGUCCUCAACAUGGAUAUACAAAUAGACAGGAGUAUCAUUAUGCUAGUCAAUCCGAACGACAGCAUAUAUACGCUAACCAAUCACCACAGCAACCCGCUGUAUUCCAAAGCCCUCCACAUCAAACUCAGUAUCAAAACACACAAUAUUAUCAAAGGCCAAGUCAAAUAACAGCACAAAACCAAGUUUACAACCAACAAAACUAUCACAAUAUACAUAACCAGUAUACAGGUGGAAAUAUUUAUGGCAGUCCUAACCAACAUCUUAACAAUCCAAACUUUAGUACAGUACAGACAGCAUACAGACAGUCACCAAAACAAAACAUAGAAAAUAACUCUUCUGCAUAUGCCAUUGCAAGCAAUCAAAUGGCAAACAAUCAGUCAUUUCAGAUUUACCAAAGUCCACAGACUUCUCAAAGCAAUUACAGAAAUGCUGCAGUACACAACAGUAUGAUUCAAGAAACAGAACAAAUGAGACAAGAUACUCCGAACGAUGUAUCCUUGAGAGGUCCAGAAUCUGGAGAAGUUGAUAAAAACUGUAGCAACAACAAGAGUUCGCAGUCCAAAAAUUCAGCCUCGCGAAAGAGUCCUUCUGCUUUAAGAAACAUUAGGCAUGACCAACCUAAUGUAAAACAUAGUCAAAACACUUCUGACAUAGGAUUUUCAAAUCAGUUCCUUAACUUUAUUUCUAAUCGUAAUGAACCUAAAGACAACGCCAACACCCCUAAGUUUACUAACAGUCCCAGUAUUUCACAAAAGAUGCAUAAGAAUCUAUAUGUUUCAAGCCCUGAGCAGGCGCAAAUACCUCCUUCAUCUGGUAUGUCUGACUCGGACAGUAAAGAUGGUAUGACAGCUCAAACUGCUACACCCAUCCAAUCCGCUAAAGUAUCUCACAGUAUUGAAAAGCAAAAAGAUAUAUCCAAGAGACAACUAGACUUUGAGCAAAGAGUCGAAACUCAAUCGGAAGAUAGCCGAGAUUCUGUCAGUAAGGACAGCAGGAUCUCGUCUGUUUAUUCAAGACAAUCUGAUUUCCAAUCAGAUGGGUAUGGAAUGGAUGUAGAUAGUGAGAAUUCUAUGGAAUGUGCAGCAUUCAAAUCUACACACUCUAUUUCUUUAGUGGAAACCAGUGACAUACCAAGACCAGCAGAUAUUGAUUUCCCAAAGAAGAUUGAUCCAUUUAACAAGAAGCUUAUAGCUUCACUAUUGGAGUAUGUUAAAUUUCCUAAUAAAACUCAUGCUGAAGGGUAUAUUGAAGUACGAUCCAUCCCAAAAUUACAAAUAUCUACUAUGAUAAGUGUUGGUAGUAACAAAUUUUCUAUUGAAAAACAGUUGGGUAAAGGGAAUUAUGGUGCCGUGUUCUUAUGCUCGGACGUGAACAGAAGUAAAUCGGCGGCUAUUAAGUAUCAAAAACCUAGUCGUCCAUGGGAGUUUUACAUCUGCCAAGAAAUAAAAGCGAGAAUUAAAGAUCCAUUUAUGCUUCCAGGCUACAUGGAUAUAACAACUGCUUUCUUAGGUGAUAAUGCAAGUUUAUUUGUAUCAGAAUAUUCAAAAUAUGGGUCUCUUUUGGAUGUUGCCAACAAAGUUAGAAUUGCUACCUCAAAAUGUAUAAGUGAAGACAUUGUUAUCUUGCUGACGUCUGAAAUACUUUCUAUAGUACACUAUCUUCAUAAAGCACAGAUUAUUCAUGCAGACAUAAAACCUGAUAAUUUCUUACUUAUGAAUAUCCCUACUCAAGUAUGGAGGACUCCAUCUCUGCAAUUAAUUGACUUUGGUUGUGCAAUAGACAUGUCCUUAUUUCCAGAAGGUACAACAUUUAGAGAGUUAAUUGCGACUGAAGGAUUCACAUGCACUGAAAUGAGGGAAGGAAAGCCAUGGACUUACCAAACAGAUUUAUACUGCUUAGCUGGUACAAUACAUGUUAUUUUGAUGGGAAGCUAUAUGAAAGUUGCCAAUCGUCUUGGUCAAUGGAAUAUUGACAAAAAACUACCAAGGUACAUGAAAGUCACAUUGUGGGACAAAAUAUUCACAACUCUUCUUAAUAUAGCAGAUUGCAAUAAAUUGCCAGAUUUAAUGGAUCUCAAGAAUGAGGUAGACAGUGUACUGAAUGCAAUGGAUCUUGGCCCUAAACUUGGCCACUUUGCUAAUAUUCUUAAUUCUAGAUAA